AACUGAGCUUCAGGUGCCACGGGUCAGAGUUAAUAUCUCAGUGUCACUUACAUGGACACACAGUAGGGCUAAAGGAUUCAGGGGGAGAGACAGUCCACAGAGAAUCAGUUACUGUCUGCGGAGAGGAGGAGAUUACCUUUGGAAAGCAAAACGACUCUUGAAGGUUUGAAAAAGCAGCAGAACCAGCGACCGGGUAUCUAAAGGAGACUCAGUGUUUUUCAAUUCUGUGUCCAGUGAAGUUUUAAAACAGCCACCAUGAGGCUGAAGCUGAAGCUCCCAAACCCAGGACUGGAUGACAGAAUCCCAUCUCAUGAACAACUGGAGGUGAUGGAAAAGGAAGAGGCUGGGGACAGGCCCAAAUGGGACAACAAAGCCCAGUAUCUGCUCACCUGUGUGGGCUUCUGUGUAGGACUUGGUAACGUGUGGAGGUUUCCGUACCUGUGCCAAAGCCAUGGAGGAGGGGCGUUUAUGAUCCCUUUCCUCAUCUUGUUGGUUCUGGAGGGAAUCCCACUGCUGCACUUAGAGUUUGCUAUUGGUCAGCGCCUGAGGAAGGGCAGCGUGGGAGUGUGGAGAUCAAUCAAUCCUUACCUGACAGGAGUUGGUAUUGCAUCCCUGCUUGUCUCGUUUUUGGUGGGCAUGUAUUACAACACCAUCAUGGCCUGGAUCAUGUGGUAUCUCUUCAACUCCUUUCAGAGUCCUCUGCCUUGGAGCCAAUGUCCACUCAAUGCUAACAACACAGGCUAUGUGGAGGAGUGUUCACGAAGCAGCACUGUUGACUACUUCUGGUAUAGAGAGACUCUGAACACAUCAACAGCUAUUGAUGAGUCUGGGGGUCUCCAGUGGUGGAUGGUGCUCUCCCUGGUAGCCGCUUGGGGUCUGCUCUAUGUCUGCUGCAUCCGUGGCAUUGAGACCAGCGGCAAGGCUGUGUACAUCACCUCCACUCUGCCAUAUCUGGUCCUGACCAUCUUUCUCAUCAGAGGACUGACUCUCAAAGGCUCUGUAGAUGGAAUCAAGUUCCUCUUCACACCAGAUGUGAAUGAGUUAAUGAAUCCACAAACCUGGCUGGAUGCAGGGGCUCAGGUUUUCUACUCCUUCUCCCUGGCUUUUGGAGGUCUCAUCUCCUUCUCCAGUUACAACUCUGUUCACAACAACUGUGAGCAAGACGCCGUUCUCAUCUCCAUCAUCAAUGGCUGCACCUCUGUGUACUCUGCAACAGUUAUCUACUCCAUCAUUGGCUUCAGGGCCACGGAAAAGUUUGACGACUGCAUGUCAGACAACAUCAUGAAGCUGAUAAAUGCCUUCAACUACGCUGAAAACAGCAUCACAGAAAGCAACUACAAUGAUGCCCUGAACUACCUCAACCAGACAAAUCCAGAUGUCAUCCAAGGAUUGGAUUUACAAACGUGCGACAUGCAGACUCUCCUCAGUCAGGGUGUGGAGGGAACAGGUUUGGCCUUCAUUGUGUUCACAGAGGCGAUUAUCAAGAUGCCUAUUUCCCCUCUUUGGGCUGUCCUCUUCUUCAUCAUGCUCUUCUGUCUCGGCCUCUCGACAAUGUUUGGGAACAUUGAGGGAGUGGUGGUUCCUUUGCAGGACCUCAGAUUACUGCCACGAAGUUGGCCUAAAGAAGUUUUCUGCGGCCUGACCUGCUUAGUUUCUUUCGCUUUUGGCCUCAUAUUUGCUCAACGCUCUGGAAACUACUGGCUAGCUCUUUUUGACAACUUUGCAGGCUCAAUACCUCUUCUGGUCAUCGGAUUCUGUGAAAUGUUUGCUGUUAUCUACAUCUAUGGUGUAGAUAGAUUUAACAAGGACAUAGAGUUUAUGGUCGGCCACAAACCCAAUAUUUUCUGGCAGGUGACGUGGAGAGUGGUUAGCCCCGUCAUUAUGAUCGUCAUCUUAGUCUUCUACUUUGUCACCCAAGUCACCAAGAAUCUCACCUAUCUCGUCUGGGACCAGGAGGCGGUGAGUUUUCCCACCCUUGAACCACGUGCUUUCCCCUCCUGGAUCUACGUCAUUAUCUUUAUCCUGGCUGGAAUUCCCAGUUUAUCCAUCCCCAUUUUCGCUCUCUUCAAAUUCAUCCAGAGGAAAUGCUGCAAGAAGGAGAAAAGGGCUGACUUCACAGUGGAAACGAUCUCCGCCAAAAUAAUAAUGGAUGACAAAAUAAAGUUUUAAAUAGAUUUUACUUGGAUUAUUAAAUGUGACUGUGGACUUGUUUUAUUGUUGUAUAUUAUGCAUUUGUGUUUUCUGUAAAAGACUUUAAAGAACACAGUAAUUAACAAUGGUUCUCAUAUUAUUAUAAUAUUCAGUUUCCUUCGGUGUCAUGUUUCACAUGUCAGUGCACGUUCAGGAAAUAGUUGGACAUGUAGGGAAAUGUGCAGAGUAUGAAGCUACAAAACCGCUGUUUAGUUUAGCUUGGCAUCAAGACUAGAAACAGUUAGCCAUGUUCCAAGGUAACAAAUCUGACAGAGGCACCUCUAACGCUCAUGUCAGUUUUGGGAUUAUAAAUCUUCUAAUUUAUUCUUUGUAAGAAACAAAGACUGUUUUUGAAUAUCUAACUAUUCUUUUAAUGUUGUAAGUUUACUACAUGCAUGUGUUUAAUAUAUACAAUAACAUAUUGUUUUAUGUUGUAAAUAAUCCUUUAUAGAGGAAUUAAUUCUUGGUAAAACCUUUUACAUACUGUAAUAAUAAUUUAGAAAUGUUUAAACUAAAAUAAAGACUAUUCAUGGCAUCAGUGGCCUUCUGGCCCACUUGUGUGUUGUUUAUAGGGUUUGGGGCCUAUUAUAAAGGAUUAAUGUAAAGUUUUAAUGUAUAUUACAGCACUGUACUUAAGAGAAAAAUGAAAUGUUAACAAUUAAAAAAAACAUUUGCUAGCAAAAUAAAAAUUGCAUGAUAUGAUAAAGCA